AUGUCCGACGACCUCUGUCGCGAGCUGCAGCAGCUCUCGGCCGCGCAAGUUCGGGACCUUCUGAGCGCUAAUGGCCAUGGAAAUCUGCUUCGGGACAAUGAACGACCACACAAUGAGCGGUUGACGACAAACGCGGCUGACGAGCAGCUCGCUGUGUAUGCUAAGAACGAAGGGAACGCGUUCUUUCGCCAAGGGCUCAUGGACGAUGCUAUUUCUGCGUACACUCGAUGCCUCGCGUUGGACCCGAGUAACGCGGUCUGCCUCUCAAACCGAGCUGCAGCCUAUUUGAAGAUAGAGCGAUUUGAGCUCGCCAUCGCAGACUGCUGCAAGGCGAUCGAGGUGGCACCUACAAUUAAGUCAUAUAUGCGUAGAGCAACAGCGUACAUCGCACUGCAUCAGUUUACAAAAGCUGUCACUGAUAUCGAAGCGGCUUUGCAGUUUGAGUCGCGCAACAAAGAGUGCUAUACGAAGCUUCGAUCUAUCGUGGAUACGGCUACAGAUGCGUCAGAGCAUGCAGUACCUGUUCCGAGCGACUACGUACUAACUCCUCGUGCUUGGCACUCAAGCGUCCUGACCGACAGUGGUAGACUGUUCGUGUUGGGCGGUGGAACCUACAUCGGCCCGCUGAAAGAUGCUGCGAUGUUAGACUUGGGUUACUUUUGGACCAAGGCCUCACUUCUGCAGCAUCGGUGA